AUGCGGAAUAUCCGGGACCAUGCGACAAGCCACAGUGAGGAGUGGCGGAGCGGCCCUACGGUAUCGAGCGCGGACAAGAGGAUGAGGGAGAUGGGACACAAGACCGGCAGACUGCGGAUGCCCAACGGCGCGUUGGAGAGUGCGAAUGAUUGCAGUGAAUAUCAAUCACAACUUGACGCUAACGGAGAACUCACCUGCACAAAAGAGAACGACCCUGUGCAUGACUCUUCUGGCCGGCAGCACAGCAACAAGUGUCUUAUGUGUGCAGAGAAGUUCAAACAAGACGCUCAAAGAGGCAUCCAGUUUGGUAGAAAUACCCAGCAACCAACUGUGAACAGCCUUGAUGGGAAGAGCACGAAUCAGAACAGCUGUAGCCAGUCUGGUGGGACCUUUCCCUGCUCUGCCAAUGGCCAUACUGCUCAGGGCAAUAGCGGACCAAACAGUGGGUGUGGAGGCACGCAGCAAGGCACAGCUCAGUACGGUGGAAACUGUGGAACACAGUCUGGCAGCAAUGAAAGAGAGAACCAAAGUGUUGGCAACGGCAUUAUCAUUCCGAUCUUCCUCUGA